AUGGGACAGUAUAAAGUAGUGAAGAUGAAGAACCUCCUGAGAGCACACGAGAACAAAGUGUACAUCUCGGGAGAGUAUAAGAGUGAAUAUUGCAUAGUGAAAGGAUAUGUGUUCAGGGUGCGGGUAGACUAUGAAAUGCCUCCAUACAGCAUAGCGCUGUCGCAAGUCCAGAGAGCGCUUGUGAGCCUGCAGGAAAACGAGUACGUGGACGUAAUCGAUGCUUCGGGCGACAGGCUCGGCGUAAUUGAGGAAGUCUGCAUUUCCAUUGUUGGGAAAGUAAAGGGCGUGCACGUGCGGGUGUCCCACAAAACUGUUCUGAAGACAUUCCUGGAUGUGCUGGAGGGAAUUCCCCUUGUGGAGGGCCAGGAGCUGGGGCUUCUCAUGGAGUCUGAGGCGGUUUCAGAGUCUGCUGCCCGGGACGUUCUUUUCAUGUGCCGCGUGGAGAGCAUGCGCAUGCGGAGCGGGUCUCUUGUGGGAGUAGUUCGCAGAAACACGCAGGUGCUUAUAGGUGAGCACAAAGGCGUGACUAUCUUGGGGCUUGGAAACGAGCUAAACAUAAACUCGCAGUUUGACUUCCAGCAGAUGGAGAUUGGGGGGCUCAAAAAAGAGUUUGGAGAGAUGUUUAGGCGCGCGUUCAUACAGAGAAUGUACAACCCAGGCUUUAUUAAGGACAUGGGGAUAAACCACAUAAAAGGCAUUAUGCUGUACGGGCCGCCAGGCACAGGAAAGACCCUUAUUGCGCGGAAGAUGUCGUCCCUUUUGAACUCUGCGCCGCCCAAGAUUGUGAACGGGCCUGAAAUACUGAACAAGUAUGUUGGGCAGAGCGAGGAAAAUAUUCGAAAAUUAUUUGAAGACGCGGAGCGGGACUACAAGAUGUACGGAGACGAAAGCGCCCUGCACAUAAUAAUAUUUGAUGAGAUCGACGCAAUCUGCAAGAGCCGAGGGUCUUCGAACGGGGUUGGCGACCAGGUGGUGAACCAGCUGCUCUCGAAAAUAGACGGGGUGGAGUCAUUGAACAACAUUCUUGUAAUAGGGAUGACAAACAGGCUGGACUUGAUUGACGAUGCCUUGCUGCGCCCGGGGCGGUUUGAGAUACACAUAGAAAUAUCAUUGCCAGACGAGAGCGGGCGGCUGGAAAUUCUCAAGAUCCACACAAGCAAGAUGGAGAAGAACUGCUUUAUGAAAAAAGACGUGGAUUUGCGAAGCAUAGCAAAAAAGGCCAGAAACUACACGGGCGCCGAAAUAACAGCGCUUGUAAAGAGUGCGGCUUCGUUUGCCUUGGAAAGGUCUAGAAGCACAAAAACAGAUGUAAUGAUAGAUAUGGACGAUUUCACAAGGGCCCUGGAGGAGACUGUUCCUUCGUUUGGAGUGAGCACGGCUUUGCGCAUACCCGAGCCGUUCUACCCGUACCCCUCCGCGCAGAGCGUGCUUGAAUUUGGAGACUCGAUUGUGGGGAGGCUCCGAAAGGACACGCAGAAAAAGUCGAAGACGCUCUCCUUGCUCCUAACCGGAGGGCCGGGCGUGGGGAAAACCGCGCUUGCUGAAAUGAUUGCGAAGAGGUCUGAAGUCCCGUUCAUUCGCGUUAUAUCGCCGAAAGACAUCGUAGGAAAAGAAGAGAACGAGAAAGUGAACUACAUAAAGAAGACCUUUAAGGAUGCAUAUAAGAGCACGGAGUCGCUUGUGGUGCUGGACGACAUGGAGGGCCUUAUGGACUAUGUGGGAAUUGGGCCUAGAUUUUCCAACCCCAUACUGCAGGCUAUGAAGCUGUUUGCAAAGAAUCAGAGCCGGUACAAGGUCAUGGUUAUAGGGACAGCCACAGACAAGUCUCUGAUGGAGGAGUGCGGAAUAUUUGGGUCAUUUGAUGCCCAUUUAGAGCUUACAACGCUGACCCCGCAGGACGCCAACUGGCUCACUGCAAACACACCUCUUUCUGUUACCUCAAGCAAAACCAUACGAGAAAUCAUUCAAUAA